GAGCCAAGAUGAAGGUAGCGGCUCUCGACUCUCGUCGACUCAAGCAACUGCUACGGAAGGACCCUGCCCUGUGCCUUGUCCUGGACUGCAGGCCGUAUCUCUCCUAUUCGGCCUCUUGCCUCCGAGGGUCUCUCAACGUCAACCUCAACUCCGUGGUGAUCCGCCGCUCCCACGGGCGGCCCGUGCCUUUACACUUCGUGGUGCCCGACGAAACGGCCCGGGGGCGGCUUCUGCUCCCGCCGGCUGCUGGCUCGGAAGGAAGAGAAGAAGGGGACGCCGCGCCGCCUCGGACCUUGACGGCGGUGGUAGUCCUGGAUCAAAACACGAGGCACUGGCGGAAGCUGAAGAAAGAGAGCACGGCGCAGAUCGUGCUGAACACGCUGUCUGCAAGCCUGCCGGAGGCUGGAACCCGCGUCUGUUUCCUCAAAGGAGGCUAUGAAACGUUUUAUUCACAAUAUCCAGAGUUCUGCAUAGAUGUAAAGCCUGUAUCCCAAGAGAAGAUUGAAACUGAGAAAAACAUCAACGGCUUGCAUGAGAAGCAAUGCAUCCAUCAGAAACCAGCAUAUGAUCAGGGUGGCCCAGUGGAAAUCCUGCCUUUCCUAUACCUUGGCAGUGCCUAUCAUGCUUCCAAGUGCGAGUUCCUUGCCAACUUAAACAUUACUGCACUCUUGAAUGUCUCCAGAAAGAGUUCUGAAGCCUUUACUAAUCAAUUCUGCUAUAAGUGGAUUCCAGUGGAGGACAGUCACACAGCAGACAUCAGCUCACACUUCCAGGAGGCUAUAGAAUUUAUUGAUUGCACCAGACGGGCAGGGGGCAAGAUCCUGGUGCACUGCGAAGCAGGGAUUUCUCGCUCUCCCACAAUCUGCAUGGCUUAUCUGAUGAAAACAAGAAAAUUCCGCCUGGAGGAAGCAUUUGAUUACAUCAAGCAACGGAGAAGUCUGAUCUCACCAAACUUCAGUUUCAUGGGGCAGCUGUUGCAGUACGAGUCAGAAAUUUUGUCUUCAGCUCCUAGCCCUCCUGUUGCAUCUUGCAAAAGGGAAGCUGUGUCUUUCUUCACAGAAGAGCUGGCUUUGAGCAAAAGUUUUGCCUUUCCUACCUCGGUUUUGAAUUCAGUGCCCCUGCACUCACCUGUCCAUCCACUAACGUUGAACUCUAUUGCUGCAAAUUCAUCAUGCUGGGCCCUCUUGGGAACAAGAGACAGUACAGUUCCAUGAGGCGAGGUGAUGAUAACAAGAUAUUUCAUCUAUACGUAAUACAGAAGCCCUUAUUUAUUUCAUUCCGUUCCAGACACUAGAAUGACUGUCUACAUCAGAAGGGAAAAUACGCUUUUAUGUUGAGAUGGAGUGGAGAUGAGUUUGGCACAUUGAAGCUCGGGCCAGCUAUGCAAUUUGGAGUUAUCAUGUGCUAAAUUUGGCAAAUUCCAGGUUUUAGCUCAGAUAAUCCAAGGACUCUACUUAGAACUUGGAGAUAUUGUUCCCAGAAGUAAAUGCCCUUCAUUCUAGCUAAGAACGUCUGUAGUUCCCGGGUAGGUUACUGUUUUGAUAGAAUAAAUCUCUUCAGAGGAUAAUGUGUGCAUAUUUAUGAGUGUUUUAAA